GAAUGGACAAUUCAACUGUUAUAGAAAUUAUGCUUUACAGUUAGUAGUCGUGCGCAUGUGUAUAUUGCGCAUUGUGGUAUUGACGUUGUCAAAUUAUAAUUGACAUUUCACAGAAAUCUAAAAGGUUAAAAAAAGGGGUGUUAACGUAAUCAUGGAUGCAUUUGGUGACAAUUUUGUAAACGACACGGAAGUAGAUCCAGCCGCAGAAUUUCUAGCAAGAGAACAAGAUCAAUUAGCAGGAUUAGAAGAUGAAAUUCCUCCUGUCUCUAUGGCUAUUCCAGCUGCAGCUACUAAUGGAGAAGUAGAGGAUUUACCUGGAAAUUUUGGCAAUUUAAAAAUUGGUCCAGGUAGUGAUGUCGAAGGUAGCUUCGAAAUCAUAGACACGAUUGGACAGCCCACUGAAUCUCAAACACUACCUGCUCUAGAAAACCUACUUGUAGAUACGGUAGCAUCAGCACCACCAGUAAAAGAAGAACCAGAAAAGAUACGAAAGUGGAGAGAAGAACAGAAAACACGUCUCGAAGAAAAAGAUGCUGAAGAAGAAAAGAAGAAAGAAGAAUGGAGAGAAGCUGCAAAGAAAGAAUUAGAAGAAUGGUAUAAACAUCAUGCAGAGGCAAUUAGCAAAACCAAAACAACUAACAGGGAAUCAGCCAAGAAUGCAGAGAAGCAAUUCGUUGCAGAAGCUGACGAAGUGGAGCCUGGUACAGAAUGGGAACGUAUCGCGAAGCUAUGUGAUUUCAAUCCUAAAUCAUCUCGUACUUCCAAAGAUGUAUCUCGAAUGCGCUCAAUUAUUUUGCAAUUAAAGCAGACACCACCUGCUCCUGUUAACGUUUGAUAGAAUCGAAAGCUCUUACCUUACAAAUUAUAGGUAUUAUGAAAAACAACAUUAAUAAUAAAUAAUGAGGAAAGAUGUAUGCAGAUUCCGAUCAUAUUAUCAAAACAAUAAGUUGGAAGUGUUCUGUUAAUAAAAGAUGUACUAUUAUUGUGAAUAAAAGUUAUUAAUGAUAAGUAAAAAA